GGGGACUUCCUCUUCCUCUUGGGGCAGGUGUAGCUGCCACAGCGGGACCAACACCCUGACCCUGUCAUGGAUGGGGGCAAGGGGCCCAGACUCAGAGACUUCCUGAGUGGGAGCCUGGCCACCUGGGCGCUGGGACUGGCCGGCCUAGUGGGAGAGGCGGAGGAGCCGGAGGAGGAAGAGGAGGAGGAAGGAGAGGGGCCCCUUGGCCCGGAGAAGAGGUUCCUGCAUCUCAUCGAUGGGGCCCUGCUGCUCCGCGUGCUGGGCAUCGUAGUUCCCAGUUCCCGAGGAGGACCUCAGACGGUCAGGGGCCCUGAUGGUCCCGCAGCCUGGCGAGUGCGGAACCUGAACCACCUGUGGGGCCGCCUGAGGGACUUCUACCAGGAGGAGCUGCAGCUGCUGGUCCUGUCGCCACCCCCAGACCUCCAGACGUUGGCUUUUGACCCCUUCUCAGAGGAGGCAGUGGAGGAGUUGGAAGGCAUCCUUCGGCUGUUGCUGGGGGCGUCAGUGCAGUGCGAGCACCGGGAACUCUUCAUCCGACACAUCCAGGGCCUCAGCCUCGAGGUCCAGAGUGACUUGGCUGCUGCUAUCCAGGAGGUGACCCAGCCUGGGGCAGGCGUGGUGCUGGCACUGGCUGGGCGAGAGCCUGGGGAGCUGGAGCCUCCGGAGCUGGAGAUGCUGUUCCGGAGCCUGAUGGGGACCUUGUUAAGGCUGGCGCGGGAGCGCGACGUGGGGGCCCAGCGCCUGGCCGAACUGUUGCUGGAGAGACAGCCGGCCCCCUUGCUGCCGGAGGCUCCUGCUAGGACUCCUCCAGAGGGUCCCUCACACCACCUGGCCCUGCAGCUGGCCAACACCAAGGCCCAGCUGCGGCGCCUGCGGCAGGAGCUGGAGGAGAAGGCCGAGCUGCUGCUAGACUCCCAGGCGGAGGUGCAGGGCUUGGAGGCCGAAAUCCGAAGGCUCCGCCAGGAGGCCCAGGCGCUGUCGGGACAGGCCAAGCGGGCCGAGCUGUACCGCGAGGAGGUAGAGGCGCUGCGGGAGCGCGCCGGCCGCCUGCCCCGCCUGCAGGAGGAGCUGCGACGCUGCCGCGAGCGGCUGCAGGCGGCCGAGGCCUGCAAAAGCCAGCUGGAGGAGGAACGGGUGCUCUCGGGGGCUCUGGAAGCCUCGAAGGCGCUACUGGAGGAGCAGCUGGAGGCCGCUCAAGAGCGUUGCGCUCGGCUGCAUGAGACCCAGCGUGAGAACCUGUUGCUGCGGACUCGUUUGGGCGAGGCCCGCGCGGAGCUGGACUCUGUGCGGCAUCAGGUGGACCAGCUGGCCGAAGAGAAUGUGGAGCUGGAGCUGGAGCUUCAGCGGAGCCUGGAGCCACCCCUGGGCUCUCCUGGGGAGGCACCCCCGCCCGGAGCAGCCCCUUCACUUCAUGAUGAAGUGAGAGAGGCAGAGGCCCGGCGGCUGCGGACCCUGGAGAGGGAGAACCAGGAGCUUCGGGGCUUGCUACAGGUGCUACAGGGGCAGCCUGGAGGCCAGCACCCCCUGCUGGAGGAGCAGAGCGAGGACUCCUUGGUUCCAGAGCUGGAUGUGGCUCCCCAGACUUGCCUGACCUCAGACCGUGGCCCCCAGGGUUUGGCUGGCCAGGUGGGGGAUGGAGGCACCCGGGCCUCGGACCUGGCUUCCCCCGUGUCAGACUCGGCCCUUGCGAGAUUACCUGUGCGUCCCCAGGCAUCUGACUCAGGCCCACAGGUGAUAGAGAGGCCCCUCCAGACGGCUGCCAUGAGCCCUCAGACCUCAGACUUGACCCUCCAGGAAUCAGGUUCUGCUGUAGCAGCACAGGAGUCCCUGGAGAAGGCUGGCCAUGGAGCCCUUCUCCAGACUCCCACCUCCUCGGUCCCAUCUCAAGAUCCAGAGACUGAAAUUCAGGCUGAGCUGUCGGGAGGAGACACUGGAGAGUCAGGGCCCGAAGCCCAGGUGCGGAGACAGGAGGGCCCUGCGAGCAAGCCUGCAGCCUCGGAGCUUAGCCUCUGUGCCCAAACGGAGGAGCAGGAGACCCCAGGCCAAGGGCUGGACCUACUCAAGGGGCAGACAGAGGGCAGGGAACAUGCACAGAAGCUGGAGGGGUUGGUUGGGGACCCAGCCCAGCAAAAUCCACAGCAGAAGUCGGAAGGGGCUUCGGAGGCCCAGACCUGGGAGGGGCCGAUCCCGGGGGAGAUCCUGGCUGGUGGUGUCCCGGAGCAGGAGGCCCUGAGGGAGGAGGUGGCCCAGCUGAAGAGAGAGGCCGAGGCACUGGGAGCGGAGCUAGGGGCCCAGGCCCGGCGGCUGGAGGCCCGAGGCACGGAGGCCGCCCGGCUCUCCGAGGAGCUGGCUCAGGCGCGGAAGGCAGAGGCCGAGGCCCAGCGGGAAGUGGAGGCCCGGGCCGGGGAGCAGGCUCGGCUGCGGGAGGCAGUGGAGGCAGCCGGCCGGGAGCUGGAGGCCGCGGCGCGUGAACGGGAGGCGCUGGCAGAGGCCCUGGCGACAUCGGGCCGAGAGCGGAGGCAGUGGGAGCGCGAGGGGCCCAGACUGAGGGCCCGGGCCGAGGCCGCCGAGGAGCGGCUGCAAGUGCUGGAGAGCGAGGGCCGUCAGCGCCUGCAGGAGGCCGAGAGGGAGAGGCAGGCCCUCAAGGAGGAGCUAGAGAAGGCCUGGUUGAGGGGCCAGGAGCUGGGGGCCCGGCUGGAACACCUGCAGAGUGAGCUCGAACAGGCGGGUCUGGAGCGACAGGCGUUUCUGCGGGAACAGGAGAUCCAGCAACAGAGGUACCAGGGCCUGGAGCAGCGGCUGGAGGCUGAGCUGCGGGCGGCGGCCACGAGCAAGGAGGAGGCGCUGAGGGAACUCAAGAUGAGGGCCCUGCAGCUGGAACAGGAGCUGGUCCAGGGCCUGUCCUUCCAGCUGCGCCAGGGCUCCGUGGGACGGGGGCCGGAGGGGCACGAUGAGCUGAGGAUCCCGGGGGCCCAGAGUGGGCGGCUCAUCGAGAUGGAACGCAGCAAUGCAACGCUGGUGGCCGAGAAGGUGGCUUUGCAGGGGCAGCUCCAGCACCUGGAGGGGCAGCUGGGCAACCUGCAGGGCCGGGCCCAGGAGCUCCUCCUGCAGAGUCAGCGGGCCCAGGAGCACAGCAGCCGCCUGCAGGCUGAAAAGUCUAUACUGGAGAGGCAGGGCCAGGAGCUGCAUAGGAAGCUGGGGGUGCUGGAGGAGGAGGUGCGGGCGGCGCGGCAGUCCCACGAGGAGACCCGGGGGCAGCAGCAGGCUUUGCUUCGGGACCACGAGGCCCUGGCUCAGCUGCAGCGGCGACAGGAGGCCGAGCUAGAGGGACUGCUGGCCCGGCACCGCGACCUCAAGGCUAACAUGCGGGCGCUGGAGCUGGCCCACCGGGAGCUGCAGGGCCGGCACGAGCAGCUGCAGGCCCAGAGGGCCAACGUGGAGGCGCAGGAGGUGGCCCUGCUGGCAGAGCGGGAACGCCUGAUGCAGGACGGGCAUCGGCAGCGGGGCCUGGAGGAGGAGCUGCGGAGGCUGCAGAGUGAGCACGACAGGGCUCAGAUGCUGCUGGCGGAGGUGUCCCGGGAGCGAGGCGAGCUGCAGGGUGAACGCGGGGAGCUGCGGAGCCGGCUGGCGCGGCUGGAACUGGAGCGAGCACAGCUAGAGGUGCAGAGUCAGCGACUGCGGGAGUCCAACCAGCAGCUGGACCUGAGCGCCUGCCGGCUGACCACGCAGUGCGAGCUGUUGACCGAGCUUCGGAGCGCCCAGGAGGAGGAGAACCGGCAGCUGCUGGCCGAGGUGCAGGCGCUGAGCCGGGAGAACCGGGAGCUCCUGGAGCGCAGCCUGGAGAGCCGGGACCACCUACACCGAGAGCAGCGGGAGUACCUGGACCAGCUCAACGCCUUGCGCCGUGAGAAACAGAAGCUGGUGGAGAAGAUCAUGGACCAGUACCGGGUGCUGGAGCCUGGGCCCCUGCCCCGGAUCAAGAAGGGCAGCUGGUUGGCAGACAAGGUGAAGAGGCUGAUGCGGCCCCGGCGGGAGGGGGGCCUCCAUGGGGGGCCACGCCUGGGGGCCGAUGGGGCCGGCAGCACCGAGAGCCUGGGGGGCCCCCCAGAGACGGAGCUCCCCAAGGGCAGGGAGGCAGAUGGGACAGCGGUGCCUAGGACCUCGGAGCAGCAGGGGACUUUAGUGAGAGAUCAUUUAUCCCAGUCAGCAGACGAGGAAGCUGAGGCCCAGGGAGGGGACGUGCCUUGCCCAAGGUCACACAGUGAGUCAGUGUCAGAGCCAGCACAGGGUCCGGCCUCCCGUCCCCACCCUCAUUCACCCAGACCUAACCACCCCCCCCGCCACACCCCCUCCCCCCACUCCCACCUCUGCAGCCUCCUCUCCCUGCGCCUCGGCAGCUUCACCUCGCCAGCCCCUCCGCUCUGCCCAGCCCCUUCCCUCCCGGCUGGACACCCUCCCUGCCUCUCGCAGGGUCCCUUUCACCGGCGCCCAUGCGCAGAGCCCAGAGCUCCCUCUGCCUGCGGGACGAGACCCUGGCAGGGGGGCAGCGGCGGAAACUCAGCUCACGGUUCCCCGUGGGGCGAAGCUCUGAAUCAUUCAGCCCCGGGGACACUCCCAGGCAGCGUUUCCGACAGCGACAGCGCAGGCCAGGCCCCCUGGGGGCACCCAGCACCCAUGGCAAAGGACCUGGCGUGGGAUGGGAUGGCUCCAUUGAGACCCUGUCAGAACACGAAGCAGAUGUCAACCGAGAGGGCCUCAAGGUGCCGGAGCCGGAGAAACGCCCUCUCACACCCUCCCUCAGCCAGUGACACCACAGGGACCGGGGGCCUGAGAGUGCAGCCUUCUUACCGCUGGAGUCCCCGUGGGGGCCCCAGGCAGCCCCAGAAUUCAGGGAUCCGGGUUACCUGGAGCCAGUCGUUAGGGGCCCCUGGCUCCUCCGAGGCCCGCACCGGGGCCCCGAGAUGGGGCUGGGAUAAGCCUGUGGACAGAGGGGACGGCUGGUCCCCACGAGCAGCUCCUUCCCGGGGCCCUGGCUCUGCCACGCGGCCCUCGCUGAGGAGGCCAUCGCCGGGUGACCUCCCAGAUGAAGGAGACAGGCAGGAGUGGCCGAGAGAGCCCCCUGCCAGGUCCAGGCGGGGAGCCAAGGACCAUUCGCCAAGGACGGUGGCCUGGGCCGAUCUCUGAGCUGUAGCUGGGCCACGGACAUGACAAUAAAGCUGGGAUACGACCACCUGA